AUGGCCAUGGUGAAGUUCACCAAAGACUGUUGGCUAUUUGGUGGUGUCGAUCGGGCAACCAAGCGGUGGUUUGUCAUAUUGGUCGGUGAGGACCGCACGAAACUGACGCUCUUAGCAUUGAUGAAGAAACACGUACGACCCGGAACUCUGAUUAUGUCGGACAAGUUCGGGUCGUACGUGUCCACGAACGUAGCCCAUUCUCUCGCCAACAACAGGUACCUUCAAGACAUCAAGUAUGGGCACCAAUGGGUGAAUCACACUGACAACUUUGUUGGCCCCACCACUGGUGCACACACCCAAUGUAUCGAAGGUAUGGUGCCUGGCCUCUUACCUCCGUUCUUGGACGAAUGUCUGUGGCGCAGCUGGUACUUUCCGUCGGGAACCUCGGGCACAACCUAUUUCAAAGGGUUAGCCGUGUGA